GGAUUUGAAAAUAUAACAGGAAAAUCAGUUGAGUGUACGACAGCAAUCGAAACGAAUUCAGUUCGUAAAGAAGCCAAAUUCACUGUGCAUAUUAUUUAAUUCUCAGUGACAAGAUGAAGGUAGUGUUGGUGAUAGCUGCAUUUUGUGUAGCUGUGUGUCUCGGUCAAAAUUCCACCGAUUCGGAAGUUCGUUCUAAAAGACAAACAAAGGGACGAUUCUUAUCGUUCCCAGUACCACAAAAGUGUGCCAGUCGUCCAAGACAAUUCCAAUAUGGUGGCAGAUAUUACUUCUUGAGUAAUGCUCGUGUCGACUGGUUGGAUGCGCGUAAUUUAUGUCGUGAAUAUUGUAUGGAUGCCGUAUCGCUUGAAACUGAACACAAGAAUAACUAUAUCAAUAAUUUGAUUCGAGCGUAUAACGUUCCAUACAUCUGGACAUCGGGUCGUUUGUGCGAUUUCAAAGGAUGCGCUGGUCGUGCAUACUUGGAGCCACGACAAUAUCACGGAUGGUUCUGGUCGGCUAACCAGCAAAGAAUUGCACCAACCUACCGUAUACCACCUGGCUUUAGAUACAAUCCAUGGAGUCAAACUGGUCACAAAAGAAGCCCACAACCAGACAACGCUGAAUUCGACAUCAAUCAAACAAUUGAAUCAUGCUUGUCCAUACUUAACAAUGUUUAUAACGAUGGCAUUAAUUGGCACGACGUCGCAUGCUAUCACAAAAAACCAGUUAUUUGCGAAGAUUCUCCGGAAUUAUUGAACUAUGUGGCCUACACAAAUCCAAGUCUUCGCUUCUAUUUAUAAUCAUUGAAUUCGUCUGAUUUUUUUUGCUACGAGACUUUGGAAACGUGAACGGAAUCGUGAGAAGAAACAAUUUUUGAAUGAAUGUGUGAUUAACCCAAAUACAACACAUAAACUACAACAAUUAAAAAAAAAAAACAAAUCAAUCAAAGCUAUUGUAAAAAAUUCAAAUAAAAAAAAUGAAGCAAUCUUUUUAUAUCAGA